AGGCGGCUGCCUCCUUGUCCCAACGCGUUCUUGCGCGUUUUCCCUUCUCUUUCUUUCUGCUUUCCACGAAAUUUUAAAUAAAAUAAAUCUCCAUCGCGUAAGAAAGUUACAGUUAUACCCUUUUCAUUUCACCGUUUGGUUGGUAUCUGAAGAGGAAAUAAAUGGCGGGAGCUGGAGCUGCUGCUGCUACUACCGAUUCGUCAGCGAUGGAGAACGCUCCACACAACAGCAACACGCCGGAAUUUCCUUCUAUUCCUACGCACGGAGGUCGCUUUGUUCAGUACAGCAUCUUUGGGAAUAUCUUCGAGAUCACCGCCAAGUACCGUCCUCCGAUCAUGCCCAUCGGACGCGGCGCCUACGGCAUCGUCUGUUCGGUGUUGAAUUCAGAGACAAAUGAGAUGGUUGCAAUAAAAAAGAUAGCCAAUGCAUUUGAUAAUCACAUGGAUGCUAAACGGACGCUUAGAGAAAUAAAACUCCUUCGGCAUUUGGAUCAUGAGAAUGUGAUCGCGAUAAGAGAUGUAAUCCCACCCCCAAACCCACAAGCAUUCAGUGAUGUAUAUGUUGCAACUGAGCUUAUGGAUACAGAUCUUCAUCACAUAAUCCGUUCCAAUCAAGAUUUAUCUGAGGAGCACUGCCAGUAUUUUCUGUAUCAGCUCCUUCGAGGGUUGAAGUAUAUUCACUCUGCAAAUGUCAUUCAUCGAGACCUGAAGCCCAGCAACCUUUUGGUGAAUGCAAACUGUGAUCUGAAGAUCUGUGAUUUUGGUCUCGCUCGCCCAACAUCAGAAAGUGAAUUUAUGACAGAAUAUGUUGUGACAAGAUGGUACAGGGCCCCGGAAUUGUUGCUGAGCUCUAGUGAUUAUACUGCUGCCAUUGAUGUGUGGUCUGUGGGUUGCAUUUUCAUGGAGCUUGUGAACAAGCAACCAUUGUUUGCCGGAAGAGAUCAUGUGCAUCAGAUGCGUUUACUGACAGAGCUUAUUGGCACACCUAGUGAGACUGAGCUUGGAUUUAUUCGAAAUGAAGAAGCAAGAAGGUAUAUCCGGUCAAUUCCACAUCAUCCUCCUCAGCCAUUUGCAAGGGUUUUUCCUCACCUGCAUCCACUUGCCAUUGAUCUUGUGGAAAGAAUGUUGACAUUUGAUCCCACUAGAAGAAUUACAGUUGAAGAAGCACUUGCUCAUCCUUACCUCGCAAGACUGCAUGACUUAGCUGACGAACCCAUUUGCAUGGAACCCUUCUCAUUUGAUUUUGAGCAACAUCCCCUAAGUGAAGACCAGAUGAAAGAAUUAAUAUACAUGGAGGCCCUAUCAUUUAAUCCAGAGUUCAAGAGAUGAAUGCUACACCAUUCAUUUUAUCUUUCUGUAUUUAUACUUAGAACAAAACUAUCCCUUUUGUACUUUAAACUUUGCAUUUGUGUGUGGAUAUGUCAUCCUUAUUGAAUUCCUUAAUUUAAAAAUUUGAAAUGCAACACUAACAUGUGUGUUAUCUUUA